UCGUAGUAUGUCAGUGUCAAGUUUUGCCUGUUAUUAUCACAGAUUAUAUUAAAAUAAUUAGUUUAGUUUAAUAUAAUCUGCUUUAUUAUUUUUAUUACUCAUUUAGUUAUCUUCGUUGUAUCCUAUCUAGUAGUCUCCGAUGUUAGAUUAUUUUUUAAGUGCCCGUUCAUAGUUACGGUGUUUUAUGUUUUUUUCUGUUUUUCGUACUCAGCACGAUCAUGUUGUCCCGUUUCUGCCCAACCAGCUUAAAAAAACAGUCGUUGACCAUACCCCAAUGUGUUCGAUAUUCUUGCGCCAUCCUGUCCAAUAAAGAUAGAUCGGCCCAAGACCAGCGAAAUCGAAUGAUCAACAGGAAUCGUCCGUGUAUAGCAUCUGCUAUUAACGUGCCAGUACGUUAUAGACGGUUCGACAGUAAAAACGAUCCCAAAGAUGAUGGCAAUUCAGAAGAAUUAGAAGAAUCUCAUAACGUGAGAGCAGUGUACGAUGUUAAAUCGAAUCCAGAUAAUACUUCAAUCGCGACCAUUCAAGUUCCAGACGAAUUACCUUUUUUGCCCUUAGUCACCAUAGCUAAACCUCCUUUAUAUCCUCGAUUGUUUAGAAUCGUUGAGAUUAGCAAUCCAAAAUUAAUUGCUUUAAUCAAAAGAAAAAAAGCAUUAAAUCAACCUUUUAUUGGACUUUUUAUGAGGAAAAACGUAGAUGUAGUUUCAGAUAAUAUUGUUACAAAUGUUGAUGAAGUUUAUAGUGUUGGAUCACUUGGGAGAAUAAAUGAAAUGCGAGAAUUUGGGAACAAAUUGCACAUGCUUAUACAAUGCUUUAGGCGCAUUAAAUUAACAAAACCACUUUUUGAAGACCAAGAUGUUGAUAAAAUUACAAAUGAUUUGACAAAACGCAAUAAAAAACAAUUGCGAGUUAAAGGAAUUUCAGGGACACCUGAAGUAGUACCUGAUCCUGAAAUAGAAAAUUCACAAGUGCUUAUGAUUGAGGUAGAAAAUUUAAAAGAUCAACCUUAUGAUAAAACAAUGGAAAUAAAGGCAAUAUCUCAAGAAAUAAUUAAAACAAUUCAAUCUAUUAUCAGCAUAAAUCCUAUAUAUAAGGAAAUAUUACAUCCAAUGUUACAACAUGGCAAUGUAGCAGAUGAUCCUUCUUAUUUAUCUGAUGUAGCAACAGCUAUUGCUGAUUGUGAAACUCAUGAAUAUCAAGAAAUUUUAGAAGAAACUAAUGUUCCAAAGCGACUUUUGCUUGCAUUGGGUUGUGUUAAAAAACUCUUAGAACUUAGUGAAAUUCAAAUAAAAAUUAGUAAAGAAGUUGAUGAAAAAGUAAAACAACAACAUCGUAAGUUUAUACUUCAAGAACAACUUAAAGUUAUAAAAAAAGAACUUGGCUUAGAAAAAGAUGAUAAAGAUUCUAUUGUAGAAAAGUUUAGAGAUCGAUUAAAGGAUAAAACGGUACCAAUAAAAGUUAUGGAAGUUAUUGAAGAAGAAUUAACCAAACUUUCAUUUUUAGAGCAGCAUUCCUCUGAAUUUAAUGUUACAAGAAAUUAUCUAGAUUGGCUAACACAAUUGCCUUGGGGUUCAACAAGUAAUGAAAAUUUUGAUUUAAAACAAGCAACAACCAUUUUAGAUGAAGAUCAUUAUGGAAUGGAGGAUGUUAAAAAGCGAAUCCUCGAAUUCAUUGCAGUAAGCAAAUUAAAAGGUUCAACUCAUGGGAAAAUCUUGUGUUUCCAUGGGCCACCUGGAGUUGGCAAAACAAGUAUUGCGAAAUCAAUCGCGAGAGCUUUAAACCGAGAAUAUUUUAGAUUUAGUGUUGGUGGCAUGACUGAUGUAGCUGAGAUUAAAGGUCAUCGCAGAACCUAUGUUGGUGCUAUGCCUGGUAAAAUGAUUCAAUGCUUGAAGAAAACUUCCACUGAAAACCCUUUAGUUUUAAUUGAUGAAGUUGACAAAAUAGGAAGAGGUCAUCAAGGUGAUCCAUCAUCUGCAUUAUUAGAAAUGCUAGAUCCUGAACAGAAUGCUAAUUUCUUAGAUCAUUACUUGGAUGUAUCUGUUGACCUAUCCAAGGUACUAUUCAUAUGUACUGCCAAUGUAAUCAACACUAUUCCUGAACCCCUUCGUGAUCGUAUGGAACUUAUAGAUGUUUCUGGAUAUGUAGCUGAAGAAAAAAUGGCCAUUUCCAAACAAUAUUUGAUUCCGCAAGGACUCAAAUCAACUGGUGUAACAAAUGAUCAAGUUGAAAUUGCUGAUGAAAGUUUGUGUACCCUUAUUAAAUCGUAUUGUCGUGAAAGCGGUGUACGUAAUCUUCAAAAACAUGUUGAAAAGAUAUUAAGAAAAGUUGCAUUAAAAAUAGUAACUGGAGAAUCAGAUAAAAUAAUUAUUACCAAUGAUAAAUUAUAUGAUUUUCUUGGAAAUCCUGUAUUUACCAAUAAUCGUAUGUAUGAAGAGCCAAUUGCUGGAGUUGUUAUGGGAUUGGCUUGGACUGCCAUGGGUGGUGCCAUGAUGUAUAUCGAAACAGAGUGGACAAAAAAUCCAGAGAGUAUAGUUGAAAAAGAUAAAGCUCUUGGUAGUAUGAUUUUAACUGGUCGUUUGGGAGAGACUAUGCAAGAAUCUGCAAAAACAGCAUAUACUGUAGCAAAACAUUACCUAAAUAAAAUUGAUCCCCAAAACAAAUCGCUGCUUACUGGAAGCUUACAUUUACACAUUCCUGAAGGUGCAACACCUAAAGAUGGACCCAGUGCUGGUUGUACAAUUGUUACUGCUUUACUAUCAUUGGCUCUGAACAUUCCAAUACGUAACAAUGUUGCUAUGACAGGUGAAAUCUCUCUUAAAGGAAAAGUUAUGCCAGUAGGAGGAAUUAAAGAAAAAACAAUAGCAGCUAAAAGGGAAAAUAUUGACUGUUUAAUACUACCAGAUGAAAACAGAAAAGACUACAAUGAACUUCCAAAGUUUAUUACUGAUGGACUUGAAGUUCAUUUUGUUUCAUAUUACAAGGAUAUUUUUAAAAUAGUCUUUGAUAAACAAUAAUAUUCCUUAACCUAUUAAGU